AGUAUAACAAGAAGAACUUUCCUUAGAGAGUAUUUUAAGUUUUUAAAGCUUAGAAAAAACUCAAAAAUACAACAAUCUCAAAAACAACUUCAAUAGCUGAGUAUUCCCAAUGCAAAAUAAUAAAUUCCUGCUACAUUUAUUUCCGUUUUCAACACUUACAUCCACUUUUCUUCUAUAAAUAUUUGUGGUUGUUCAGCAAUGUGUUAAUCUUAAAGCCUCAUUAAGUAAUUCUGUCGAUAUAAAAUGAGUGUCUUGAGGUCACACGUGUUUACUGCCUUGGAUCGUACUCUAAAUAUACUCUAUAUACACUCCUAUCUAUAUGCACUUCACGUGUAAUCGAGAAUUAGUAGGGUAAAUAUGCAAAGAUUUUUUUACAGCCUCGAAAGUGGCAGAGAUUAAACGAAACAGAGCAGAUACAGAAAUGUUUUCCCUCAUUUCCACUUGGCAAAUCAAUAAACUCAACUCAUACAGAUAGACAGCCGAAGGAGAUUGCUAAGAUAAAUUCCCCCUCACAGCACAGCAAUAAAAAGCAAAUACAACUGAAAUAAAAAACAACAAAAAAUAUGAAUAAAUAAAGAAAAAAAAUGUGGAAAAAGAAGAGUUUUAAUGCCAACGAUCAAUAUUUGAACAACAAAUCAGCAAUGAGAGCGACUGUAUCUGCGAGAUACAAUUUUCUACUGCCCAGAAAUGCGAUGCGCGAUGCGUAAAGCAAAUGAAUUAACACCGAUGCGUUAACACAAUUAGUUGAAAAGUGAAAAACGACAUAAAGUAGGGAGGCGAGAGAUUAAAUACAAAAUAAAAUCUAUAUGCCAGGCUCGGGGAGUGCCGACAAAAAGCGGCCCAGCAAAUUUGCAACUUUACACUCGUCGGGCGUUUUCAGUCGCGAAAUGAAGCUCCAGCAUCGCGGCUGACUUGAAGAAAACUACACAAAAAUACAACUGUUUCUAACUUAAUAAAUACCUCAAUUUCAAAAGUGAUAAAAAUAUAAAACAAAUAUUCUAAAUCAUGGCUGAAUUAUUGAAAGCUCUCAACUUUACGGGCAGCCUGCUGGCAGGCCUCGAAGACAGCGGCAGCAAAAAUCUCACUUCUGCCACUGCCACAACCAUUGCCGAAGGCCUCAAUGCCACCGCAACGGCCUUGAAUGGCACCACCACCACAACCGCCAGUACCACCACCUCAGCGAAUAGUGGCGAAAAACUUGAUCUUGGUGGCUUCGAUCUGCCGGGCAACUACUCCAUACUCAUUAACAAACUUGAGCAACUGGCCUUGGGCUUGGACUCGGCCUUGGGAAAUUUCACCAUCGAUCGCCAGGAGGUCGAGAUUAAUCUUAGUGGUGCCACGGCCAAUGAUGUGGCCGAUGUGGCUGAUGAUUUAUUGGAUGUACUGCCAGCAGCCAGGGCUCCACCGCCUCAUAUAGCCCAUGGUUCAAGGAUAUAUACGGGCGAUGAUCAGCAGGAUUUUGCCCAUGUGGUCAGCGAUAUCUGGAUUGGAGUUAUCCUAACACUGCUCAUCGUUUUUGUGAUAUUCUUCAUAUGUGCAUGCUUUGUGUACCACAAAUUUCAGCAGUGGAAGAAUUCAUACCGUGCCAAUCACAGUGAUCCCACGAUUGAGAUUUGCCGCCGUUGUCCACCAGACUAUGAGGCGGAAUCGCUGCCCUCCUAUACUAUAGUAUCCGGAUUGCCGACCUACGAUGAUGCCCUGGAGGAGUUCCGUAAGGCUGGCAUUAUCCUUACCCCGGCUGUGGUGCCCAUCAUUAAGAUAUUUGAGUGCAAUGACAAUGGCAAGGAGCAAGCGGUGGGCUAUAGCCUUGUGGAGACCAAUAUAUCUGCUGUGGAUGGCGGUGAUAGUGUGUCGAUUGGGUCUGCUGCCGCUGGCUGUAAUUGUGGCAACACCUCACCGAUUUCCACAGGCUCACUGCCCAGUUAUAGUGCCGCCACAGCGGCUGCCAUGGCCGUGGCAGCGGCUGCUCCACCUCAGGUGAUUGAGCUGUCGCCGGAGCACCUCGCUUCGCUUUCCCAGAAGCGCCUUUCGCUGCAGAUCUCAUUCAAUAAUUCGGUGCGACGCCAGUCGCCGCUCCGGAAUCAUUUACUCCGUUCUCGGGCGGUGGGUAACACGGCCGGAAUGGGUCCCAUUGAGGGAACAUCACCUGGUGGCGUGGUCACAGUCUCCGCCGGUCGUGGGUCUGGGUCGGGCAGUGCCCCCAUUCUUCCAGCACCCCUGCAUCGCUCCUCGUCGACACUUUCGCUGUCCAAUGAACGCCAGUUGCUGGAUCAACGUCUCAGGCAUCUGCAUCAUCGCGGUUCCCUGUACUGAGAACCGUGAUCGAGCAUUUAAACUGUCUGAUAAAUCCUUCUUCCUAAAAAUGUAUUCCCUACCUAAUUAAUAAUCCAAAAAGUUUUGUUUAAUUUUUAAGAAACACACACACAACUGACACAAUAAACAUAUGUUA